AAGGUGCAUUUUGUAUUCUGCCUUUUUUUGUGUUAAAAUACCCGUUAUACCUCCGUGGCAACUGCGACGAAAGGAUGUCGUUCUGCGCGGUUUCGUUUCGUUCGGCGAGUGUCUCUGAUGGUGGGGCUUGACCUGACCGAAAGAGAGAGAAAAAAAAAGAAAAGAAACUAUGACUAAGUCGUCCGCGAGCAACGGCAGUGUGGCCAGCGUGAAGAGCAGGAGUCGGUUUGACCUGGCUCAAUGCUUCUCGGCGAAGAAUGACGAACGCGCGGACGAGGAUUAUUACGUGGACGCGGACGAAGAGUGCUUCCGCAACUACAAGUCGGGUCGCGCCGUGAAGCUCGAAGCGUGGCAAGAUGACGAACAUCUUUCUGCUCCUUCGAGUCCAUUCCUCAUCCUGAUCAGCUUAAUCAGAAAGCUGCAUCAGGUCUAUAAAACCAACUGGAAAUGUCUCUUGCGUCGAGCGGAUAUUGGGAAGAGCGGAAAAAAGGAAGAGUUGCGUCUUUUGUCUGCUCGGAAGCAGAUGCGGUUUUUCGCAUUAUUCCCGAUAUCGAAAUCCUCCAGCUGUUGUGUGUUGCUUCGCAAGCGACGUCGUCCGUGCCUGCCUAUUGUUCCGCCCUAA